GCCCUCACGAAACCAUGGCAACGGAGGACGCGGCACUUCUUAUUGGCUCUGCGCUCCGGCCGCGAAAGCAAUCCGGAUUCUAGCGCGCCAAAAGGACGACAGAAGCGGACCUUGGUGAGGCGAAUGCUCAACUCUCGUGUUUCUAGUCUAAUUCAGGUGUUGCCGAGAUGAGCGGUGGACCUGGUGGGAAAAGUGCUGGUGGGAGAGGAGAUGGUGCCUUUCACCGAUGGAGGGGAAGAGGAAGAUGGCAAGGCAGAGGAAAAGGACAUGGGCAGAGAGAGGACGGGAAAAAUGCAGCCGGCAAGUCCAUGUCGGCUCAGCCUCGGCUCAUUCAGACAACACUAGAUCAAGCUACUCCUUACAGAGGCUGGAAACUGUACUUCUCUGAAGCAUAUGAUGGCAACUCACCUUUUGUUCAGAAGACUGAAGCCUUUGAAAAGUUCUUUAUGUCACGAAUAGAACUUUAUGACAAGGAUGAAAUAGAAAGACAAGGAAGUAUUCUCGUGGAUUAUAAAGAGCUGGUUCAUGAUAAAGAAUUAUUGGAGUUAAUACCUGAUAUUGCUACAGAAUUGAGGGAUAUGCCACAGAAGAUACUGGACUGUAUGGGCCUGGCCAUACAUCAGGUGUUAAGCAAAGAUCUUGAAAAACAUGCUGCGGAACUGCAGAUGCAAGAAGGACUGCUUGUUGAUGAAGAGCCCAUAAUAAAUGUGCCAUAUAUUAAUGCAAGGGUAUACAACUAUGAUCCAUUGAUUCAACUUAAGAAUAUCCGAGCUAAUUGCUAUGGAAAAUUUGUUGCUUUACGUGGGACAGUUGUGCGUGUCAGUAACAUAAAACCCAUCUGCACCAAGAUGGCAUUUAUAUGCAGUGCCUGUGGAAAUACUCAGAGUUUUCCUCUACCUGAUGGAAAAUAUACUCUCCCUACAAAGUGUCCACUUCCUGUAUGUCAUGGACGAUCAUUCACUGCAGAUAGAAGUUCCCCUUAUACAGUUACAGUGGACUGGCAGUCUAUUAAGAUUCAAGAGCUCAUGUCAGAUGAUCACCGAGAAGCUGGUAGAAUUCCUCGCACAAUUGAAUGUGAACUGGUUCAGGACCUCGUAGAUAGCUGUGUUCCAGGAGAUGUGAUUACUGUGGCAGGAAUCAUCAAGGUGUCAAAUGCUGAGGAAGGAGCAGGAAGGAAUAAAAAUGAUAAGUGUGUCUUCCUGUUAUACAUUGAGGCAAAUUCCAUCAGUAAUACUAAAGGACAGAAAGCCAAGAACUAUGACCAUGGAGUGAAUCAUCCAUCAUGCAUGGAAUUUUCACUUAAAGAUCUUUAUGCUGUCCAGGAAAUACAAGCUGAAGAGAACCUAUUCAAGCUCAUUGUCAACUCUCUUUGUCCUACUAUCUAUGGUCAUGAGAUUGUGAAAGCUGGCUUAGUUCUGGCAUUAUUUGGAGGAUGUCAAAAAUAUGUGGAUGAUAAAAAUAGGAUUCCCAUUCGAGGUGAUCCACAUCUUCUGAUGGUUGGAGAUCCGGGAUUGGGGAAGAGUCAGAUGUUGCAGGCUGUGUGCAAUAUUGCACCUCGUGGUGUAUAUGUUUGUGGCAAUGUCACUACUGCUUCUGGCCUGACUGUGACUCUGUGCAGAGAUAGUUCAUCUGGAGAUUUUUCACUGGAAGCUGGUGCCCUUGUGCUUGGAGAUCAAGGCAUUUGUGGAAUAGAUGAGUUUGAUAAGAUGGGGAGCCAGCAUCAAGCCUUGCUGGAAGCUAUGGAACAGCAAAGUAUCAGUCUUGCUAAAGCUGGUAUUGUUUGCAGCUUGCCCGCUAGGACAUCAAUUAUAGCUGCAGCGAAUCCAGUUGGAGGACACUAUAACAAAGCCAAAACAGUAUCUGAGAAUUUAAAAAUGGGAAGUGCUCUAUUGUCCCGAUUUGACUUGGUAUUCAUACUGCUGGAUAUACCAAAUGAAGAUCACGAUCAUUUGCUUUCUGAGCACGUAAUGGCAAUGAGAGGUGGAAAACCAUCAGGAUGCAGCAGUGCUGUAGUGACUCGUGGGAAUUCUCAGAGUUCAAAUGUGUCCGUCCUUGAAGCUGUUUCAGACAAACCAUUAUCAGAAAGAUUAAAGCUCAUUCCAGGAGAAAACUUUGACCCAAUUCCACAUCAGUUGUUAAGGAAAUACGUCGGUUAUGCUCGACAAUAUGUACAACCCAGAUUAUCUCCAGAAGCUGCUCAGGUUCUGCAGAAAUUCUAUCUUGAGCUCAGACAACAAAGUCAAAGAGCAGAUAGCACGCCUAUCACCACACGACAGCUAGAAUCAUUGAUACGUCUUACUGAGGCACGUUCAAGACUAGAAUUGAGAGAAAAAGCCACAAAGGAGGAUGCUGAGGAUGUCGUAGAACUAAUGAAAUACAGCAUGUUAGGAACGUACUCUGAUGAGUUUGGAAAGUUGGAUUUUGAACGUUCCCAACAUGGUUCUGGAAUGAGCAACAGGUCCCAAGCAAAGAGAUUCAUUUCAGCUCUUCAUGGUGUAGCAGAAAGAACCUACAGCAACCUUUUUGAGUUUCAACAGCUUCGGCAGAUUGCUAAGGAAAUAAACAUACAGGUAGCUGAUUUUGAAAACUUCAUUGGGUCGUUAAAUGACCAAGGUUAUUUCUUGAAAAAAGGCCCCAAAUUAUAUCAGCUUCAGACUAUGUGAAGGAAUUUGACAUCAAAACAGCCAUUUUGUUGGAACAUGUCAGCAGAACACCACAGUGGACUGCAUUGUGGCUGAUUAAACCUUACAGGUAGCCAAGAUAGCUAAGAUGGUGAUUUAAAAUCACUAUUGGCUUAUUCCAGAAAGCAUGGCUGCAUGUAGUGAGUGCAGAGACACUUUGUGUAAGGUAUUUACAUAAUUGGAAAAAAAGAAUUUUGGCAGGUGUUUGAAAGUGAUUUAAACGAUCUGAAUGGAACUGAUGCAUGGCAUGGCUUAAUUUAAUUUACGUUCAAAAGCAGCUAUCAAAAAUGGUUUACUUUUUAAUAUGGAAGUAUAAUCCAAGAUGCCAAUUGUAUCGUAGUAUUUUGAAGGGCUUGGUAGACUUUCAUGAUACAUACUUGCAGGAAGCAUGUGCCUGUUCAGACAAGCAACACUGUGCUUUCUUUUGGAUGCUGCUACUUUCUCAGUUUGUUUUCAAUUGCAGCUUGCUGUUUCAGACUCUACAAAAAAGUAUGGUUAGCAUUAAACAAGGGAUUAACAGGAAAGCCAUGCUGUGUGUGGGAGGGAAGGAGGAAGUGUGAAACUCUACAAUUAUCUUCUGAGCAGACUCAUUGCCUGUUGAAGAUUCAGCUCUGAAAAUUCAGGCGCUGGCUGUGAACAUCUUAAUGUUAUUGAUUCUAAUACUGUAUCUGUAAUGUAAUGAUUUGAAUAGUUACAACUGAAAUUGUUUAAAUGUAACAAGUAGUGUAGACAAUGUUUAUAGUCUCAACAGAUUUUCAUCCCAAUUUACUGUGAUAUUUUAAAUUUGAAGUCACGCUCCGUUUCUGUUAUGUUCAGUGUAACUGUUAAUUAAUGUUCUGUAAUGAAUAAAAUUAUUCUGCUUUCUUAAUGCUAUGAACAGGGUACUGUGUAAAAAAGCAAUGUAUGAAAUUCCAUUGAUGGGCACAAAGUGCAUGUUCUGUGUAUAUAUCAGUCAAUAUGUUUGUGAGGGUGUAUUUUGACUUAUGAUUUAUAUUACAAUGUGCCAUGUUGUCUGAGC